CAAUGUAAACAACAAGAUCCUCUUCAAUACAUUCCACAUUGUACAGGAGAGGAUGCAGACUAUCUCACUUUAUUUGCUGCUGCUGCUUUGGGCAGAAACAGCGAGCGGGCAGGUGGACUACGAGUUUCAAACAACGCCACCAGCGGUAUGGCCACCAUGGAGGCAAUGGGAAGGCAACCCUGAAUAUGCUUGGACAACACCAUCUCCACAAUGGUACGACAGGAAAGAAUCGGCAGACUACGAUACAAAAUGGGACUACAGGGGCAGUGAGAAAGAUACCGUGGUGGAAGGAACUCCAUCAUACUAUGAUUGGGACAGUGGAAAAGAGGAUUCAGAUUCAGGAUAUAACUUCACAACCCCAACUCCCUACUGGCGGAAACGUAAAUACAGAUACGGAUGGACGACCCCAGCUCCAUAUUGGCGCAAGCAGGGGUCUCGAUUUGGCUGGGGAACUGAAGCUCCAUACUGGCGUAGGCAGAGUUCCAGAUUUGGCUGGGGCCGGGCAACUGAAGCUCCCUACUGGCGCAGGAGAACCAGUUACGGAUGGACAACCCAAGCUCCAUUCUGGCGCAGACAGGGGUCUCGAUUUGGCUAUGCUACUGAAGCUCCAUACUGGCGUAGGCAAGGUUCCAGGUAUGGCUGGGCAACUGAAGCUCCAUACUGGCGCAGGCAAGGAUCCAGAUUUGGCUGGGCAACUGAAGCUCCAUACUGGCGUAGACAUGGUUCCAGAUUCGUCUGGGCAACUGAAGCUCCGUACUGGCGUAGGCAGGGUUCCAGAUAUGAUUGGCCAACUCCAACUCCAUCCUGGCGAAGAAGGUAUUACUGGGCAAGCCCAAGACCAACUCCUUACUGGCGCAGCCAGUAUGACUGGCCAACCACAGCUGAUCCAUCCAUCCAAGACCUGCCAGUCCCACAGAUAAAGGUGUACAAGCUGAUGGGAGAGCAUGAGGCCGAUGUCCUUGUGUCAUGCCAGCAAGGUGUUGGUUGGAGCAGCCGUUUUAGUCGUGGUCGGCUGCAGUUGAACGUGGUGAUGGGGGAGAGCAACUUCACGCUGUACCAGCCCGAGUUCAGCAGAGGGCUAGAGAACCUCUUCAAGCUCACCGUGUCAGCACCCGCCAUGUUCACUUGCGUGCAGACGCGUCGUUACGGCGGGAAACUUUUCAGCGACGUGUUUGUCUACAGUAAGCAGCACGCUGCAGGCGAUGAGGGAGGUUUCUCUGCGUCCUACAUGUCUCUGUCCUACCAGACCUUUGCCACAUUCCUGGGGUGUCUGCUUGUCCUCAUGGUCCUGGCGGUAGUCACGGUCACUCUCUUCAAGAUACACACAGUGAAGAAGAUGGACACCAAGACAUGUUAUGUCAAAGAUCCCAUGAUUCUUUAAGAAGAUUUUUUUUGCUAAGUAUUCCUUUCUAGAUACCAACUGACUAUAAUUUCUAUAAACUUUUGUAUUAACUUUUGUAUUAACAUUUCUACUAGCUAUAUUGCUGUAGCAUUAGAGAGCAUAGAAGUAGUAUCCCAAUUAUCUGCCUAAACUAGGAUUAAGGUUAACCCUCCUGUUAUCCUCAGAUUUAGGUUACAUCCGUGAUCCUUGGGGUCAUUUUGACCCCAGUCACUUAAAUGUCUACAAAAUCAGUGGAAGAAAAACUUUUGCUCCGGUUUAUGCCUCAGAUAUUUACUGUUGCUCUGUUGGGGACAUAAAAAGGCCCUUUAGAUAAGUCCUAGCACCCCCACACACAGCUCACACACCAAAAGAACUAAUCCACGACUAGGCGAAAAUGUGCAACAACUGGCCAACUGAAUGGGGUCAAAUAGACCCCAAGUAUAACAGGAGGGUUAAACAAAGGUUUUGUUACAUAUACAAUAUGCAAUUUUUUAAAUGCAAUGUAAUUUAAAGAAAAGAUUUGUCAUUUAUUUGGUAAUUUACAUAUGGUGUGGAUAACAAAAUCAAUAUUGUGAAAAUGCCUUUUUUGUGUAACCAAAAGGCCCAAACCGAUAGGCUACAUUUAGAAAAAAUAUCCAUAUACAUGUAAACAGCACAGUUCAUACAUUCCAGUCUUUACAGUCUCUCUAUGCAACAGCAUUUCUUUUCAUCCAUUAUAUUAUUACAUGACAUUAUACUUAGUUGACACAUUUUUAUCCAAAGCAACUUACAGUUAUUUAGAAGGUAUUGGUUACAGUCCCUGCAGCUAUGUGGGUCAAGGAGCACCUCAGUCAUUGAUGGAUGAAGGUGUAGGGAGAGGUAAGGGUGGUAUUCGAUCCUGCAACCCCCUGAUCUUAAGACCACCUCCCUAACCAUUAGGCUAUGGCCCCAUGAGUGAAUUGGUUUGUGUUCAUUACUAUGUAAUCAUGUAAAGCGGCAAGUUACUACCACUUGUUUAUGCCUGUGUGAAGCUGACAGAAUAUGUCUAUGAAUUAUGUACUGUACUGUACUAUAUAUGCCUGGUAAUGGUACCGCAGGAGUCAACUGAUGUAAAAGACUUUAAAAUGGGCCUACUUGUUAACAUCAAUUUGUGCCACAUACUGUGAGGAUGUUGUUGUUGAUAUGCUGAGUCUAUAUACUUACAGUGACGGGCUCUAUGUACAAUUGUGGCAAAAACGGGUAUUGCAGUCACAUUCAACAUACUGUGGUUUCCCCACAGCCUUGCACCCCCUCUAGAGGUAGGAGGUAAAACAAACAAAGCAGGGUGGGGAAUACUGUAACUUCUUUUACAGAAAUCGGAUUAUUCUGGCCAUAGUAGCCUAUUUUAUUUGGCACAAUCAGUACUUCACUUGAGCAACUUUGGUGACAUUUCUGGACCAUGUUAUGACUUCUUGCUGUAUUUUUUUAAAUAUAGGUCUUGACUUUCUUAUACCUACACAAGCUUAUUUUUAUACUGUAUGUUGAUUAUACACUCACCGGCCAUUUCAUCAGGAACACCUCUCUAGUGCUGGGUUGGACCCCCUUUUGCCUUCAGAACUGCCUAAACUGCCUGCAACAAUACUUGGAUAGGCUGUGGCAUUCCAACAAAGAUACAUUUGUACUUAUUGGCCCAAAUUGUGCUAAGAAAAUAUCUUCAUGCCGUCAUAUCCCCAGCCUGAAACGUUGAUGUAAGGCAGGGUUGACCCAUGUUUUCAUGUUGUUGACGCCACAUUCUGACCAUUCCACCUGAGUGUUGCAGUUGAUAUCAAGACUCAUCAGACCAGGCAACAUUUUUCCAAUCUUCUAGUGUUGUUUAUGGUGAGCCUGUCCAAAUUGUUGCCUCAUUUUCCUGUUCUUAGCUGACAGAAUUGGCACCAAAUGUGGUUUUCUGCUGCUAUAGCCCAUUUGCCUCAAGAUUUGAUGUCCUGUGUAAUAAGAGAUUCUCUUAUGCAUACCUCGGUUGUAAUGAGUGGUUAUUGGACUUAAUGUUGCCUUUGUAUCAGCUCAAAUCAGUCUGGUCAUUUUCCUCUAACCUCUACCAUCAACAAGGCAUUUUUGCCCACAGAAUCGCUGCUCACUGCAUUUUUUUUCUUUUUCGUACCAUUCUUUGUAAACCCUAGAGAUGGUUGUGUGUGAAUAUCCCAGUAGAUCAGUAUUUUCUGAAAUACUCAAAUCAAGCCCUUUCAGUUGGACAGCCAUGCCAUGUUCAAAGUCAUUUAAAUAACCUUUCAUCCCUAUUAUGAUGAUCAUCAGAUCAUCUCAACCAUGUCUACAUGCACAAAUGCAUGGAGUUGCCACCAUGUGAUUGGCUGAUCAGAAAUGUGCCUCAAUGAGCAGUUGUAACAGGUGUUCCUAAUGUAGUGGCCGGUGAGUGUAUGUACAAAUACUGAAAUGUCUGACCUUUUUUACUUACUGGCAAAGAAAUGAUUACAAUAAUAAAAAAAGAGCAGCAUGAUUAUACUCU